GGGCGGCGGCGGCACCCUCCCGUCCGUCUGUCCUGGGAGCUUCGCCUGCGCGCCGACCCGCGGGGGGCCAGCAAGCUUUCCGGCCCGCAGCGGGGGCGGGGACGCCAGGCCAGCGGCCCCUCCGAACCCCACGAUGAGGAAGCUGAGGCUCAGGCAACAGUAAUACACCCGCCUACACAGAACUAGGUAAUCGCGGUGCGCUAGCCAGGUGGUCGGCCCCAGGCCCAUGCCGUGAGACCGGGAGGCGCCGCCAGCAUGCCGUGGGACGCGCGGCGGCCUGGGGGCGGCGCGGACGGCGGGCCUGAGGGCGCGGGCGCAGCGCGCUCACGGGCGCAGAAGCAGUGCCGCAAGUCGUCGUUCGCUUUCUACCAGGCCGUUCGCGACCUGCUGCCCGUGUGGCUGCUAGAGGACAUGCGCGCCAGCGAGGCCUUCCACUGGGACGAGCGUGGGCGCGCCGCCGCCUACUCGCCUUCGGAGGCGCUGCUCUACGCCCUCGUGCACGACCACCAGGCGUAUGCGCACUACCUGCUGGCCACGUUCCCGCGGUGCGCGCUCGCGCCGCCCAGCGCCGGCUUCCGCUGCUGCGCGGCACCCGGGCCGCACGUGGCGCUGGCCGUGCGCUACAACCGCGUGGGCAUCCUGCGCCGCAUCCUGCGCACAGUGCGCGACUUCCCGGCCGAGGAGCGCGCACGCCUGCUCGACCGGCGAGGCUGUAGCCGCGUGGAGGGCGGCGGCACGUCGCUGCACGUGGCCUGCGAGCUGGCGCGCCCCGAGUGCCUCUUCCUGCUGCUCGGCCACGGCGCCUCGCCCGGCCUGCGCGACGGCGGCGGCCUCACGCCGCUCGAGCUGCUGCUGCGUCAGCUGGGCCGUGAUGCCGGGGCCGCCCCCACCGUCGGGGCGCCUGCGCCCGGGGAGCCGCGCCAGCGCCGCCUGUUGCUGCUGGACUUACUGGCGCUGUACACGCCCGCAGACGCCGCCAGCCCGGCCCGCCGCGAGCUGCUGGGCGACCGGCCGCGCUGGCAACGGCUGCUGGGCGAGGACAAGUUCCAGUGGCUGGCGGGCCUGGCGCCACCCUCGUUCUUCGCGCGUGCCAUGCAGGUGCUGGUCACCACCAUCUCGCCCGGCCGCUUCCCCGAGGCGCUGGACGAGCUGCCGCUGCUGCCCUUCCUACAGCCGCUGGACCUCACGGGCAAGGGCUAGACCGCGGGGGCACCCCGGGUGCUGGAUUUUUGGAGAAUACUAUUUUUCAGAGCGUUGUACCCGGCACUUUACAUAUAUUGUUCUCUGGACAGCA